AUGACAUCAGUACCAACUUCUUAUCAACAAGAAUUGAUUCCAAUGAAAGUUACUCCUGGACAUUCAUUUCAACCAAUAUCAAUGACAUCACAAUAUAAAGAUCAUUCGGCAGGUUAUAGUAAUUCAUUUAAACACAAUCGAAUUGCACCACAACAACCAGAUGAUAAUAUUUCUUCCAUAUCAAAUAAUUGUAUGUUAUUAAAGUUAGAUUUUAGUAAUAGAAUUCAUUGUUUUUUAAAAGUUUCUCACACUCCAUUAUCAAUACAUUCAACAAAAGAACUUAUUCAACCAUCACAAAUGUAUUCACUAAAACAACGAACAAUGGAUUCAAUUUAUUCUAAUAAUUCACAUCAAUCAUAUUCUCCACAAAAUAGUUAUAUGAAAGAUGUUCAUCUUGAUGAUCUUGAACAAAACGAUAAAUCAACUUCAUGUUGUGGGCAACCAUUAUGUUUAGGUUUAACACGAUUCACUGGUGGAAUUCUAUUUGGAACAAUAAUAUUACUCGGUCCUACAUCAAUCGGUGGUCUUAUUGCUUCAGCUAUUUUAUAUGUUAAUGAUCCAUAUACAAAUUCACAAUGGAAAAUGUUAGGCAUACUUGUCUGUUCUGCUAUGUUAAUAGCAAUACUUAUCACAUUAUGUUUAUUUAUGUAUGCCUACAAACAUGAUCGAACUGCUAAUCACGACAAUAAAAGUAGUUUAGCAACAUCAGAAUGUAAUCAAGAAGGUGAUUUCCAAAAAACAAACCAUUCUAAUCGAUUGUAUGAUAUAUCAUCACCAUCAUAUGAAAAGAUUCGAAAGAUUUCAGCUUUCUCAACAAAUGAAUCAUUGCCCAAUCAAAUCGAUCAAACAAUAUUGCAACAAAAAAAUAAUGUAAUCAACGUUACACCGAAAACAAUUAUUCGACUAGAAAAUGAUCAUCAACAUGAUGAAGAACAACAUCCAAGUCGAUUUAUUGAACAAAAACCACGACAUGACAUUGUUGAAAAAAUUAUUGAAAGACCAAAAAGACGAUCAGUAGAAGAACAUGUAGAAUUUACUAAAUUAUCAAAAAACGAUGAAAAACAAAUUGGCAACAGAAGAAAGGGGAAAAAGUUUAAGAAUGUUUCUAUUAAACGUGUCAAAGCAGUUGAAUAA